AUGCAUGUCGGGCGUUCAGCCACCGUGACAGGUCACCGUAUCAUAUGCAAUAUGCACUCCUCUGCAGUCUCGCCGGCCGACACAUCAUACAUGGAACAGAUGAACGUCCUCUCCCAACAACACCUGGAACAGGCGGAUAGGACCGUAUUACUCCAUCAGCGGGUGCUCCAAGAACGAUCAGGCAUCCUCCUGUUCGCCAAUGGUUUCCUCUCACCACACACAAGUGGGUUCUUUGGCCGCGAUCUGUCACAACCUUGUCUCGGCAGAGGCGGGGCUCCCAUCCGUCGCGUCAGGAUCGGUUCAGCCAUCGUUCGAUCAGACAUGGUCCGAAGGCAGAAGGGCCAAUGGCCUUGGUGGGCCUGCGGCAACCGUCUCCGUCACGUCCCCAUAGGGGUCCAGCUACUGUUUUCGGGACACUGGCUUGGGCAUCCCAACAUCAAUACUCAUUAUAGCCACGAAGUACCGCAAUGUGGCAAGGCUGCCUCUGAUCUAGACUCGACCAAGUCACUCCCUGACAUCUGCCAUGUGGAUAGCAGGAACGAUGGCCAGCAAUGGCGUUGUGUUGUCCGGCCUCGCAACUGUUUUCCGACCCCAGUAAGUAAUAGGUAUCGCAUAUUUGCCUGUCUGGACUGGCACCUCUGUCACACUAGGUCAACUCAUGAUCCUCGACUCCAUCCGUAUACACAUCGGGAAACCCGCAUUGGGCUUCUUUUGACAAAUGAAUGGACACCGGAAGUGGGAGGUGCCGUUGCAUGUCCUGUGCGUCGCUUUGAGAUAUUCGGUGGUCCACGUAGAACGAACUCCCUUCCAGCCACUCCGGGCCUUCAGUACUUGACCAUCCGCGACUGA